ACUUCUCCCGCUUCCGUUUAUUUCUCCGAGAGGAAAGAAAUCCGAUUUAAUUCGAUUAAAGCAACAGAAGAGAGGGGGGGGGGGGGGUGGACUUUUAUUUUGAAAAGCGGGUGUUUGUUCUUGUCAAUCAUCACACCUGAGCGGGAUGAGCAGGAACCGGAGGAGACGUUCACCGGAUCACCGGGAGAAAACACCGGAGCCUCCGCAGGAUUAAACAAGUCCAAAGGGACCGGAGGACCCCCCCACCGCACACCUCCUCUUCAUCAUCAUCAUCAUCAUCAUCGCUCCGCUUGGAUCUAAAGAAACAACAAAACAUCUUCUUCUUCCUCCCAGAGAUUCUUCUUCAUUUAUUAAUAUUUAUAUUUAUGAUUCUUUUGGAUUCCUAAACUCCCCCCCCCCCCUCGGAGACCCCCCCCCCCCGCGAGUCCUCUCCGGAUGGGACGCGUCCGCUGUGAGCGCUGAUGGAGUGAGAAUAAAGACCCCCCCCAUCUGGUAGACUGGGCCAGUCAGCAGCAGGAUCAGGAUGAGAAGAUGGCUGGCUGUGUGUUUCCAAUGGGACCAGAGAGCUUUCAGCGCUUCACGCCGGACUCCCUGGCGGCCAUCGAGCAGCGCAUCGCCCAGGAGAAGGCCCGACGCAGCAAACACUACCAGGAGGACCUGGGCGACGUGGUGCCCCCCCGGCGCCGCCCCGACCUGGAGGCAGGAAAACAGCUGCCGCGCAUCUUCGCCGACAUCCCGUCUCAUCUGGUGGGCGUUCCCCUGGAGGACAUCGACCAGUACUACUUCAAAGACAAGAGGACCUUCAUAGUCCUGAACAAAGGGAAGGCCAUCUUCCGCUUCAGUGCCACGUCAGCUCUCUACAUCUUCAGCCCCUUCCACCCCAUCCGCAGAAUCGCCAUCAGGAUCCUGGUCCACUCCUUGUUCAGCCUCUUCAUCAUGUGCACCAUCCUCACCAACUGCUGCUUCAUGGCCAUGUCAGAGCCGGCCUACUGGGCCAAGUACCUGGAGUACACCUUCACAGGUAUCUACACCUUCGAGUCCCUGAUAAAGAUCUUGGCGAGGGGCUUCUGCGUGGGGCCCUUCACCUUCCUGAGGGACCCGUGGAACUGGCUGGACUUCAGCGUCAUUGUCAUGGCAUAUGUGACUGAGUUUGUGGACCUGGGUAAUGUGUCAGCAUUAAGGACCUUCAGGGUGCUGCGAGCGCUCAAAACCAUCUCCGUCAUUCCAGGCCUGAAGACCAUCGUGGGCGCUCUGAUCCAGUCGGUGAAGAAGCUGGCGGACGUGAUGAUCCUCACCGUCUUCUGCCUGAGCGUCUUCGCCCUCAUCGGCCUGCAGCUCUUCAUGGGGAACCUGCGUCAGAAGUGCGUCCGCAGCACGGCGCACUGCAUCAACGGCAGCCUGCCGGACAACGCCACCUUCUACUGCAACAACAGGACCUGGGCCUCGCUGAGGGACUUCAACGACCACGAGGACAACUUCUACAAGGUGGAAGGAGCCAAGGACGCUCUGAUCUGUGGGAGCAGCGGCGACGCGGGAAAGUGCCCGGAUGGGUUCGUAUGUCUGAAGGCGGGAAGGAACCCGAACUACGGCUACACGAGCUUCGACAGCUUCGGCUGGGCCUUCCUGUCCUUGUUCCGCCUGAUGACUCAGGACUACUGGGAGAACCUCUACCACCAGACGCUGCGCUCAGCCGGUAAGACCUACAUGGUGUUCUUCGUGGUGGUGAUCUUCCUGGGCUCCUUCUACCUUGUCAACCUCAUCCUGGCCGUGGUCGCCAUGGCCUACGAGGAGCAGAACCAGGCCACCAUCGCCGAGGCCUGCCAGAAGGAGCGGGAGUUCCAGGUUGCCAUGGAGAUGCUGAAGAAGGAGCAGCAGGCCGCCGCCCAGAAGCUCCUGGACUCUGACUCCAUAUCACCGGAUCUCUCCCCGUUUGGCGUGGAGGAGCGGAGGCGGAGUCAGGCGCUGGUGGGCGUGGCCGACGUGGAGGCGAACCUGUCGGAGGAGAAGCUGCUGGAGGUCGACAUGCCGGAGGGGGGGAAGGUCCUCCACCCUCUCCUGGCUCGCUCCUUCUCCUCCAGGACCCGGCGAAGCAGCCAGGUCUCCUCCGUCUUCAACUUCCGCCUCAGGAGCCGGGGGUCGGAGGGCGAGAUGGCCGAUGACGAGUACAGCGCCCCGGGCGACGUGGUGGAGGGCGUCGGGGGCCGCACCUACAGCGGCGGCACCUUCAGCGGCACGCUGCCCCAACCGUGGCCCAAACGGAGGCCCAGCACCUACAGCAACGCCAGCAGGAGCUCCCAGGUGUUCUAUCCGACUCUAAAUGUCAACGGGAAGCUGUUUGUCGCCAUGGACCAGAACGGGGUUUCCCCGCCUACGCUGCAGGGGCUGGCUGCCUGUCCCAUGGAGAAGGUCAAGGAAGAGAGUGUGCCCACCUCCACCACGGAGCUCAGCACCAUGUUGUUGCCCCGCCCAUCGUCCACACAGGACUCGCUGAGGAGGGGGAGGACGCUCAGCGCCGCCAGCUACCUCACCGACGCCAUGGAGGAGCUGGAGGAGGCCCAUAAGAAGUGCCACCCGUGCUGGUACGUGUUCGCCCACCGGUACCUGGUGUGGGGCAGCUCCCCCCGCUGGCUGAGGCUGAAGCAGCAGGUCAACGUCAUGGUGAUGGACCCCUUCCUGGACCUGGCCAUCACCGUGUGCAUCGUCCUCAACACGCUCUUCAUGGCCAUGGAGCACUACCCCAUGACCGACGAGUUCAACGGCAUGCUGAGCGUCGGCAACCUGGUGUUCACGGGCAUCUUCACAGCGGAGAUGGUUCUGAAGAUCAUCGCUCUGGAUCCGUACUACUACUUCCAGACGGGCUGGAACAUCUUCGACAGCAUCAUCGUCUGCCUCAGCCUGAUGGAGCUCGGCCUGUCGGACGUGGAGGGACUCAGCGUGCUGCGCUCCUUCCGCCUGCUGCGCGUGUUCAAGCUCGCCCGCUCGUGGCCGACCCUCAACACGCUGAUCAAGAUCAUCGGCAACUCCAUGGGCGCCCUGGGCAACCUGACGCUGGUCCUCGCCAUCAUCGUCUUCAUCUUCGCCGUGGUCGGCAUGCAGCUGUUUGGAAAAAACUACCAGGACUGCGUGUGUAAGAUCUCGAAGGACUGCACGCUGCCCCGCUGGCACAUGAAGGACUUCUUCCACUCCUUCCUCAUCGUCUUCAGGGUGCUGUGUGGCGAGUGGAUCGAGACCAUGUGGGACUGCAUGGAGGUGGCGGGUCAGCCGCUGUGCCUCCUGGUCUUCAUGCUGGUCAUGGUCAUCGGCAACCUUGUGCUGCUGAACCUCUUCCUGGCGCUGCUCCUCAGCAGCUUCAGCUCCGACAACCUGUCGGCGCCCGACGACGACGGCGAGAUGAACAACCUGCACAUCGCCAUCCAUCGGAUCACCAGGGGCCUGGCCUGGUGCCGCAGACAGGUGGUGGACUUCUUCAACGGGAACCUGAAGCGCCGCCGGCAGAAGAGGAAGGAGGCCAAAGCCAUGAUGAAGCUGAAGCGCCUGAGCACCAUCCACAGCGAGGCCAACGGGGCCGCCAUAGGCCGACACGUGGAGAAGUACGUGGUGCCGGAGGACGACAGCUACAUGACCAACCCGAACCUCACCAUCAGCGUGCCCAUCGCACCAGGAGAGUCAGACGUGGAGUUCCCCGAGGAGGAGGAGGAGGAGGAGGAGGAAGAGGAGCAGAGCCAGGGCACUGAGGAGGAAGAGGAGGAAGAAGAGAAGGAGAGAGAGGAGCAGCAGGAGGUCAUCAGCCUAUCAGAGGGCAGCACGGUGGACCUGAGGAAGCCCGGAGAAGAAGAGGACGAGUUCUCUGAGAUGGCUGAGGAGGCCACGGACCCCGACAACUGCUUCCCCGACUUCUGCGUGUCCAGGUUCAGGUGCUGUGACGUGGACACCUCGGUGGGUUUGGGUCAGCGAUGGUGGAGAUUGAGGAAGACGUGUUAUCAGAUCGUAGAGCACAGCUGGUUCGAGUCCUUCAUCAUCUUCAUGAUCCUCCUGAGCUCCGGAGCGCUGGCCUUUGAGGACAUCUACAUCGAGCAGAGGAAGGUGGUGAAGGUGGUGCUGGAGUACGCAGACAAGAUCUUCACCUACAUCUUCAUCCUGGAGAUGUUGCUCAAGUGGCUCGCGUACGGCUUCAAGAAGUACUUCACCAACUACUGGUGCUGGCUGGACUUCCUCAUCGUCGAUGUCUCCUUGGUCAGUUUGGUGGCCAACACGUUGGGUUAUUCAGACUUUGCGGCCAUCAAGUCUCUGCGGACCCUGCGGGCCCUGCGGCCCCUGAGGGCCCUCUCCCGGUUCGAAGGCAUGAGGGUGGUGGUGAACGCUCUCAUUGGGGCCAUCCCCUCCAUCAUGAACGUGCUGCUGGUCUGCCUCAUCUUCUGGCUCAUCUUCAGCAUCAUGGGCGUCAACCUCUUCGCCGGGAAGUUCGGCCGCUGCGUCAACCGCACGGGUCACAUCCACGAGGCGGCGCUCGUCAACAACAAGUCGGAGUGCGAGGCCCUCAACGACACGGCACGCUACUACUGGACCAAGGUCAAGGUCAACUUCGACAACGUGGGGGCCGGCUACCUGGCGCUGCUGCAAGUGGCGACCUUCAAAGGCUGGAUGGACAUCAUGUACGCAGCGGUGGACUCACGAGCCGUGGAGGAGCAGCCCAUCAAGGAGAUCAACCUCUACAUGUACCUGUACUUUGUCAUCUUCAUCAUCUUCGGCUCCUUCUUCACCCUCAACCUCUUCAUCGGUGUCAUCAUCGACAACUUCAACCAGCAGAAGAGAAAGUUAGGAGGACAGGACAUCUUCAUGACGGAAGAGCAGAAGAAGUAUUACAAUGCCAUGAAGAAACUGGGCUCCAAGAAGCCCCAGAAGCCCAUCCCCAGACCUCUGAACGCCGUGCAGGGCUUCUUCUUUGACCUGGUGGCGAAGCAGGCCUUCGACAUCAUCAUCAUGGUGCUGAUCCUCUUCAACAUGAUCACCAUGAUGGUGGAGACGGACGAGCAGUCGCCCCGGAUGGAGCGCAUCCUCAACAACAUCAACCUGGCCUUCAUCAUCGUCUUCACCUUCGAGUGCCUCUUGAAGAUCGUGGCGCUGCGAUGCUACUUCUUCACGGUGGGCUGGAACAUCUUCGACUUCGUGGUCGUCAUCCUCUCCAUCGUCGGCAUCGUGCUCGCCGACAUCAUCGAGAAGUACUUUGUGUCGCCGACGCUGUUUCGAGUGAUCCGAUUGGCCCGCAUCGGACGGAUCCUGCGUCUCAUCAGGGGCGCCAAAGGCAUCCGGACGCUCCUGUUCGCCCUCAUGAUGUCUCUGCCCGCCCUCUUCAACAUCGGGCUCCUCCUCUUCCUGGUCAUGUUCAUCUACGCCAUCUUCGGCAUGGCCAACUUCGCCUACGUGAAGCGGCAGGCGGGGAUCGACGACAUGUUCAACUUCGAGACGUUCGGCAACAGCAUGAUCUGCUUGUUCCAGAUCACCACCUCGGCCGGCUGGGACAGCCUGCUCAGCCCGAUCCUCAACAACUCGCCCGAGGAGUGCAACCCCAACGUCCCGCACACCGGCACCACCGUGCGGGGGAACUGCGGGAACCCGUCGGUGGGCAUCACCUUCUUCGUCACCUACAUCAUCAUCUCCUUCCUCAUCGUGGUCAACAUGUACAUCGCCAUCAUCCUGGAGAACUUCAGCGUGGCCACGGAGGAGAGCACCGAGCCGCUGAGCGAGGACGACUUCGAGAUGUUCUACGAGGUUUGGGAGAAGUUCGACUCGGAGGCCACGCAGUUCAUCGAGUACGCCAAGCUGUCCGACUUCGCCGACUCGCUGUCGGAGCCGCUGCGCAUCAGCAAGCCCAACAAGAUCAAGCUGAUCACCAUGGACCUCCCCAUGGUCAGCGGGGACAAGAUCCACUGCCUGGACAUCCUCUUCGCCUUCACCAAGCGCGUGCUGGGCGAGUCGGGCGAGAUGGACGCCCUCAAGCAGCAGAUGGAGGAGAAGUUCAUGAUGGCCAACCCCUCCAAGAUCUCCUACGAGCCCAUCACGACCACCCUGAGGAGGAAGCAGGAGGACGUCUCGGCCGCGGUCAUCCAGAGGUGCUUCCGCAGGCACCUGGUGCGGCGGCAGCUGAAGGCCGCCUCCUACCUGUACCGCCAGAUCACCACGCCUCGGCACGCCGGGGGGGAGGGCGCGGACGGGGGCGCGUUUGAGGAGGCGCCGGAGAAGGAGGGGCUGAUCGCCGCCAUGAUGAGGGAGAACUACGGCUCCAGCUCGCUGGGGACGGUGUCCUCCACCUCCUCGCCGCCGUCCUACGACAGCGUGACGCGAGCCGCGUCGGAGACCCUCCCCGCGCUGGCCGGCGCGGCGGAGGCGGCGGAGGCGGCCGGCGGCGAGGAAGAAGCUAGCGAGGAAGAAGCGAGGCGGCAGGAGGCGGUACCAUAGCGGGCACCAAUGGGGGUCCUGGUCUUCUGGGUUGGGCCCGUUUUAUUUCUUUUGUUUUACUGAAUGUACCACGGACGAGGAGGACAUCUACUACCUGUCAAUGUUGGUGUUGGGGUUCCUGGACUCACUUUUCUUAAAGGAGGGGGCGGAGUCAACGCUGCAUUUCCUCAGCGUGAAAGACAGAAGCGUAGAUCCCGUCGACCUCCAUCUGACCUUUGACCUCAGCCACAAGGGCGUCUAUAUCAGACGCACCCAUCAUUUAGGGGGGGGGGGGGGAUCAUUACUCUCAGAAUGAGCGACGGCGUUCCUGACUCUGAGAGGACGGACGCCAGCCAUGAUUUCAACAUGUUUUCGUAGUAAAAGUAGAACUUGUCUCCAGUCUUUUAAUAGCGGUUCGAUUAUUACUGUUUUUUAUACUUUUUAGAGUAAGUUGAAGAACAACAGGCGGCCUCGUUGGUUACAGCCAAUAGAAGGAGAGUAAAGGGGCGGAGUCAGGACACAAAAAAAACAAACAAAAACAGCCGAGAAGCGACUUUAUCGUUUUGCACUUUUACGUUUACACGUCGAUUGACUUUAAGCUGCGGACCAGGUGCUUCCUCCUGGAGGUGACCAACAAAGAGUGUGAAAUGUGCACCUUCUACAAUUCAGAAUUUAGUUAGAAUUUAGUUUAAAUGUUCUGUCACAUGAAAUACAACACACGGCCAAAAUGUAGGGGUUCAAAAAAUGACCAGUGAUGUAAAAUUAGAAUCUGGUGAUCAUUUUUAAUUGUAAUUUAUUAUUAAAUGAAAUCAAAUUUCGCUUUGCUAAAGAACCAAACGUUCACAUCAUGUGACGUCGGUUCAUCUACUGACCUUCAGCGACGACCUUUGGACGAAUCACCGACUCAACCCACAGGGUCCAAACGGCGUCUUCAUUGCCUCGCUUCCUUUCCUGCUUCCUUUCCUGCUCCCUGCUUCCUCUGAAGAGUAAAUGAUCUUCUGCUUUGGUCUCUUGACCAAAGAGCCUUUGUCCAUAUUUUAAAAGUUUCAAACUAAACGAUUUCAGGAUUCACUCUGAAAGUUUUCCAGAAGAAGAAACCUAUCAUUUUGCAGAAAUCCUUUUUUGAAGUUUGAAAGUAGACUUUUCGGAAGAACUAAACCCCACCGAGCUACUUAUUUAUUUAUUUACCAGCUCUCACCUUGAGUUUUCUUAUUUAUUUCCUUUUGCACUGAGACAAAAAAAGAAGUCGAAACAGACCCGCGUCUAGCAAUAACGGACGAAGCCUUUUUAAGUGAGUCGUUGGAACACUUGACUGUGUGUGUGUGUGUGUGUGUGUGUCUGUGUGUGUGUGUGGGGGGGCUCUCUCACUGUAUGAAGCUGAAAGGUUCAAACGUGCACAACAACACGAGCUCAGACGCAGUUCUCCUGUCGGAGGAGUUUUUAAAGUGAGACAAAGUGUCAGAGCGCACAAGAGAGAGUGUGUGUGUGUGUGUGUGUGUGUGUGUUUGUUUGUUUGUUUGUUUGUUCAGUCGGCUUUGAAGAUCAAUAUUUCAAGCCACCUCCCUCUCUGUCUGUCUCGUUGUCGUGCCCCCCCCC